ACGGCGCGGUGACGCAGCGCGACGGCGGCGGUGGCGGCUGCGGUGGUCGGUGCGGGAGGAGGGAGGGGAGCUCGCGGGCCGGAGAGGGGGCGACGGCGGCGGCAGUGGCCUGAGGAGGCCCGGGCGGCGGCGGCGGCGGAGGAGGAGGGCGAGGCGGAGAUUGGAGAGGCGUGGCUGGAUCAAGCUCUCCCCCUAUGUGAACAGGCUUCCUUCUCUCCCCACCAUCUGUCACCAGGCCUGGGAACAUCCUCAAGCCCUGGCCCUCAGGGGAGAGGUAACAGGAGCCCAGAGCCGGGACCAUGUGACGGCGCUGGCCCUUGCCACCGCCGUCCCCCUCACCCUGGCCCCAGGCCCGGCACCAUGAUGUUCCGAGACCAGGUGGGCAUCCUCGCUGGCUGGUUCAAGGGCUGGAAUGAGUGUGAGCAGACAGUGGCCCUGCUGUCACUUCUGAAACGGGUCACUCGUACCCAGGCCCGCUUCCUGCAGCUCUGCCUGGAGCAUUCACUAGCAGACUGUAAUGACAUCCACCUUCUGGAGUCAGAGGCCAACAGUGCUGCCAUUGUCAGCCAGUGGCAGCAGGAGUCCAAAGAGAAGGUGGUAUCCCUCCUGCUGUCCCACCUACCCCUGCUUCAGCCAGGCAACACAGAGGCCAAGUCGGAGUACAUGAGGCUACUGCAGAAAGUGCUGGCCUACUCGAUUGAGAGCAAUGCCUUCAUCGAGGAGAGCCGCCAGCUGCUCUCUUAUGCCCUCAUCCACCCGGCCACCACGCUGGAGGACCGUAAUGCACUGGCCCUCUGGCUGAGUCACUUGGAAGAGCGACUGGCUAGUGGCUUCCGCACCCGGCCAGAGCCCUCCUACCACUCACGCCAGGGCUCAGAUGAGUGGGGGAGCCCUGCAGAGCUGGGCCCUGGGGAGGCAGGACCAGGCUGGCAGGACAAGCCACCCCGAGAAAAUGGACAUGUGCCCUUCCACCCAUCCAGCUCAGUGCCGCCAGCCAUCAACAGUAUUGGGAGCAACGCAAACACAGGUCUCUCCUGCCAAAUCCACCCUAGCCCGCUGAAGCGCUCCAUGUCACUCAUUCCUACGAGCCCCCAGGCCCCUGGUGAGUGGCCAAGUCCAGAGGAGCUUGGGGCCCGGGCUGCUUUCACCACGCCCGACCACGCACCCCUUUCACCCCAGAGCAGCGUGGCCUCCUCUGGCAGUGAACAGACGGAGGAGCAGGGCUCCAGCCGGAACACUUUCCAGGAGGAUGGCAGUGGCAUGAAAGAUGUGCCCUCAUGGCUCAAGAGCCUCCGCUUGCACAAGUACGCGGCCCUCUUCUCACAGAUGAGCUAUGAGGAGAUGAUGACACUGACUGAGCAGCACCUGGAGUCUCAGAAUGUCACCAAAGGUGCACGCCACAAGAUAGCCCUGAGCAUCCAGAAGCUGCGUGAGAGGCAGAGCGUCCUCAAGUCUUUAGAGAAGGAUGUGCUAGAAGGCGGGAAUCUACGUAACGCUCUGCAGGAGCUGCAGCAAAUCAUCAUCACUCCCAUCAAGGCCUACAGUGUCCUCCAGGCCACUGUGGCUGCUGCUGCUGUCACCCCUACUGCCAAGGAUGGUAGCCGAGGGGAGCCACCACUGCCAGGUGCUGAGCCUCCCCUAGCCCAUUCUGGCACAGACAAGGGCACCGAGGCCAAGGACCCUCCAGCUGCGGAGAACUACCCCCCUCCACCAGCUCCAGCUCCCACUGAUGGCAGUGAGCCUGCCCCAGCUCCCGUCGCCGACGGAGACAUCCCCAGCCAGUUUACACGGGUGAUGGGCAAAGUAUGCACCCAGCUGUUGGUGUCCCGGCCAGACGAGGAGAACAUCACCAGUUACCUCCAGCUCAUCGAAAAGUGCCUGACUCAUGAGGCUUUCACGGAGACGCAGAAGAAACGGCUGCUGUCGUGGAAACAGCAAGUUCUGAAGCUCCUCCGGACAUUCCCGCGCAAAGCCACACUAGAGAUGCAGAACUACCGGCAGCAGAAAGGCUGGGCAUUCGGCUCCAACUCACUCCCCAUAGCUGGCUCUGUGGGGAUGGGGGUGGCCCGGCGGACCCAGCGGCAGUUCCCAAUGCCUCCCCGGGCUCUCCCCCCUGGCAGGAUGGGCCUUCUGAGUCCCUCAGGCAUUGGGGGUGUCUCCCCUCGACAUGCCCUAACCAGCCCCAGCCUCGUGGGCCAGGGCCGACAGAACCUGUGGUUUGCCAACCCUGGAGGCAGCAACAGCAUGCCCAGCCAGAGCCGCAGCUCUGUGCAGCGCACCCACUCGCUCCCAGUCCACUCGUCGCCCCAGGCCAUUCUCAUGUUCCCUCCAGACUGCCCGGUCCCUGGGCCUGACCUGGAGAUCAAUCCCACUCUGGAGUCUCUGUGUCUGAGCAUGACAGAACACGCCUUGGGUGAUGGGACAGACAAAACCUCCACCAUCUGACGGGACCCACAGCCCAGCGCACCCAUAGGCUCCCUGGGCGGCGGGCGGGGGCCAACCCCCAACAGGCUUCUCCGCAACAGCGAGAGGGUGGGCUGGCUCAGCUAUACAUUCUAAUAUUUUUCUACUCUCUCACCCUUUUAACUUUUGUUUAACAUUGGCACAUGCCUUGCUCACCCCCAGGCCCAUCAAGGGAUCUCUGCUGAGGCCAGGGGAGUUGGGGGCAGCCAGGAUAAAGGGGGCAGAGACUGGCCAGACUGCCUGCCCCUCUCCUUCCCCUCCUCAUCCCCCACCUGGCCCUGUCCCACCCCUGCCUCUUCCAGACCGCUGAACACCUGCCCCUCCCCAAGGGAGCAGAUGCUGUCAGAGACAAACUGACCACUACCUUGUGGAGCCUGCUCAGAAACAUGUGACAUUUGGGGCGAGAUGAGCAGGGUAGAUAACCUGCUUUCCAGAAUGUUAUUUGAGAGGAGCUGGAAAGAAGGGGUGAGGAAAAAACCUCUCUCUCCUCUCCACCUUCUUCCCCUUCCCCAUUCCCACCAUUCCCUAAGGACAGGAGCCACCUUCCUCUUUCACCUCCCUUUACCCUGUUUACCAGAGGUUCUCUACAAUUAAUUUCUUAGGCCUAUUUAAGAUACAUAUUUAUAUAGUU